AUGCUAAUGUCUGAUUACACCGUUGAUCAUAUCGCCGAUGUUUCUCGUAGCAUCCAGUCGUUCGGAGACAACUUCCACCGGGAGGACUGCUUUAAUGAGACUCUAGACCCUACGGCGCAGAGCUCGUCUCGAUGUUUCACCGCGGUCCUUCCUCGUUUCAGACAACGACGUGGCAAGACGCGCGCCGUGCACCAGUGCGUCAAGUGCGGCGCCUGCUUCCGGCACACGCGGAAGCUCGUAGAGCACCUGAAGAACCUGCACAACAUCGAGCGUGCCUUCAGCUGCGACGAGUGCGACAAAACGUUCCGCAGCCCGAUGAACAUAGCUCGCCACAAGCUGAUCCACACCGGGCUGAAGGUGUUCACCUGCGAGCUCUGCGACUACAGCACCAACCAGAAGUCCAACCUCGAGUGCCACCGUCGCCGGCACGCGCGGGACUACAGCUUCAAGUGCGAGAGCUGCGAGCGCAGCUUCUACCACAGGACCGAGUACCUGGAGCACCGGAACGCGCACACCAACAAGAAGCUCUACCGCUGCGAGCACUGCCGCAAGUGUUACCUCUACAAGAAGAACCUGUCGGUGCACUUGGCGACGCAGCACGCGGCCAACAAGCAGCCCGGUCCGGCCGGCGCGAAGGGCAUCGCGCGCGCGAGGCAUGUCUGCAAGCUCUGCGCGGAGAGGUUCGUCUACAAGAGGCUGCUGACGCAGCACAUGAAGAACCAGCAUGGGCUCUCGAGCCCGCCGGUCAAGCACCUGUGCGACCUGUGCGGCGCCGAGCUGUCGUCCCGGCGACGCUUGAUCGUGCACAAGCGUGCCCACACGGGCGAGAAGGUUUUCCAGUGCGACACCUGCGACAAGAAAUUCGCCAGCAAGGAGAACCUGAAUAUCCACAAGCGGACGCACACCGGCGAGAGACCGUACGUCUGCUCGCAGUGCGGCAAGGGCUUCUCGCAGAGGACGUCGCUGGUGCUGCACCAGCGUUUCCACUCGGGCGAAAGGCCGUAUCAGUGCCCUGACUGCGGCAAAGGUUUCGUGUCCAGUUCCUUCGUCAAGAGGCACCGCAAGGUGCACGAGAAGACUACCGCCGCCGCCGCGCAGCCGGAGACCUGA